GAACCCUCUUCUCUCUCUCUCUCUCUCUCUCUAAAAUGAGCCCAUUUGGUUUUGUGAUCAAGGGAUGAAGGUUCCUCCAUCCUGAUACUGUCGCUCUUCCCUAAUGUCUCCUUUCUAAACUCCAUAGCAGCUGCAUGGUGUCCAGUGUGAGUGUGUGACACCAUCAUUACUAAUUUAUCCAUCUUUCCAUACAGUGUCCUGACAAGCCACCCUCGCCGCUUGCUCACUCGAUAUCGGUCAUUAACAUGUAGAGUAGGAGGCAAGGCCAGGGGGGGGGGCCCAACCUAUCGGGUUCCUCGUUUAAGGUCCUAUUACACUUACUACCACCUCUGCCAUCGACCCAGAGCUGUGGUGACAGGACUUUGCUCUUGUUUUUCUAUUUGUGUUGCCAUUGCUUUGUAAUCCUAUUGGAAGUCUGACAACAACGAUAACAACAUGACUGUAAGGAUGGAUAUAGUCCUUUAUUUACUGUUGGUUGUUGGCAAGGCUGUCUCUAAGAAAGGGGUGAAAUGUGGCGGGAUCCUCUCCGCCUCUUCCGGCAACAUCUCCAGCCCCAACUACCCAGGUCUGUACCCGUACAACAUCGAGUGUGUGUGGCUGAUUGUAGUGGCCGAGGGGUCCUCUGUCCUGCUCACCUUCCGCCACUUUGAGUUGGAGUAUCACGCUGCCUGCUCCUACGACUACGUCAAGAUCUAUAACGGUGUGUCCGAGGAUGAGGGGAACCUACUGGGGACGUUCUGUGGCGACGUGUCCCCUCCUCGGUUCACCUCCUCCUGGAAUGUUAUGUCGAUCAUUUUCCACUCCGAUCGUCAUGUGGCUCACAGAGGGUUCUCCGUGGGCUACAGGAAAGAUGUGUGUGGUGGGGUCCUUACCGGUCUGUCUGGCAUCAUCUCCAGCCCAGGCUACAGUCCAGAUACCCAGUACAGCAACAACGCCGACUGUUCCUGGACGGUCCAUGUGUCCAACCGCAGCGUGGUCAGUCUGGUCUUCCUUGACUUCCAGCUUGAGAACAACGAGGGCUGUAAUUUUGACUUCGUGGCUCUCUUCGACGGCCCGACCGUCACUCACAGACACCUGGGGAACUACUGUGGAGGGGAGAAGCCUCCUAAGAUUGUUACUACCUCCAACCAGCUCCUGGUGGUGUUCAAGUCUGACUUCAACAUCGGGGGACGAGGGUUCAAGGCUUACUACUACUCAGGUGAAUGCCAGCAGGUGCUGUCUGCACCAAGUGCUAACUUCACCAGCCCCCACUACCCUAACAUCUACCCCAACAACAUCAAGUGUCACUGGACCAUCAACCUGGCCAGGGGCUACCGCAUCAAACUAUUCUUCAACGCUAUGGAGCUGGAGGACAGGAACAGCCUAUCAGACGAGUGCGACUACGACUCUGUAGCUGUGCAUGAUGGGAGCAGAGAGAAAGACCCAUUGCUAGGGCGAUGGUGUGGCUCGGAACAACCCGGGUCUCUGAUCUCUAAGAACAACAACAUGCUGGUGGUCCUCAGUACAGACAGGAACUCAGCUUAUAGAGGGUUCUCUGCUUCCUAUGUAGGAGUGGUACCAGUUAACAUCAGCUGUACGAGGACAGAGUUCACCAUUCAUAUCUCCCAGCAGUCACUGCCUGGGCUGAACCGUGAGAGUAUCUUUCUGGGGGAUCGCUCCUGUACCUCCCAGCUGACACCUACCACCUAUAAGAUCCUGGCACGCUUCGAAAAAUGUGGCACUGCAGGCCAGCCACGGCGUAACAUCACCAUGCUGGUGAACACGCUCUACAUCGACUUCUCCGACGGGAAGGGGCGGAGCGUCCAGGAGUACGAGGUACAGUGCGACGCCCAGCGCAAGAUGGCCACCAUUCACAUCGUCUCAGCCGAGGAGCACCAGAGGAUGAACGAGCUGGCCCGACGCCAAGCAGAGGGGUCCGGGGGAGGGGGAGGGAAGGAGGCAGACCCAGAGCCUCACGACCCCAGUGAUAUAGUGUUUAUUAGCAUCUGUGUGCUGGCUGUUGUUCUGAUGGUGAUCGCUGUAAUCUGGCUGGUACUGCUUUAGUAGAGAAAGAGAGGAGGUUGGCGAUGCGGUCUACGUGAGCCAGAACAUGUUGAGGUUUACAAUGAAAACCGACAGAUUUAUUUUUGUAAUGAAUGUCUAUUGCUCAUUUCAAAUCGUACCAAAACAAUGAUUUAAUAUUGUCACCGCUCUCGACAUUCAUAAUAAAAACACAGGCAGAGAUCAACAUUUGAUUUACUUCAAUAUAGAAAAUCUAAGAUGAAUAAAAAAUACUAAUCAGAAGAGGAAGGCCUAAUUAAUACGACUAAUGACGGUGUGCUCCGACUGUCUUUCACCAUUUUGGAAAAAGGCACCAGUCCAGUCCAGCAAAAGUAUUUGCCAGAAUCAUGUCCCAGUCUUCCACACAGUAUUUUGGGGGCUGAGGGGCUAGCUAGCUUCUUCUUGUUUGGAGACCAGCUGAUUUUUUUUUUUUUUAAAGGUACCAGUCCAGAACCAA